CUCCCUCCCUCCCUCCAAAGGCCUGUAUAAAGGAGGUGGGGGGAGAAGCACCUUUGUCACUUUGCUCUCAGAAACAGAGACGAUCACACUGGAUCCACUGUGGACAUCCACUCAGGAACAUCCUCAGAAAAGACCGCAGGAAGGAUUCUGGGCCUUUUGCACUGAAAAUAGAAAAGACGAAGAAAGAAGAAGAGACCUGAAGCUCACCGAGCAUCAUCAUCACCAUCAUCAUCAUCAGUCCAGCCUGGACGUGAGCGGCUCUGCAGACUUGUGGAAAGUGAUCCAAGCUUCUCAGAAGCUCCCAGCUGUGCAGCCAUGAGGAUCUUCAACCUGCUCUACCUGCUGCUGCUGCUGCUGGCCGCCAUCGCAGCACCCAUCUCCUCCGUCAGGCCAGGUGAGCUCCUCCAACUACACCGUACGGCAAGUCCCACAACUCAUUUUGUUUCAGAUUUCUUGCACCUGAGGAGAAAAUACCACCGACACCACUGCCUAUACAGACGCUGCAUGCCCCUGCACUCCAGAGUACCCUUCCCCUGAGGUAAGACACUUCAGCAUGUGUUUCUGGGUAACGGGGAGUCAUGAGGCGAGCCGUGCCAAACCGGGUCACGGAGCAGGCAGGUGGCAGUUAAGAUGGUGGCUGUGAUUAGUGGCAGAGACGAGGCCGGCCAACGAGGGCGCACACGGGGGGAACGCUGGGACAUAAAUCUCACUAACUGUGGGCUUUAAUGCCACGAGGAGUGUUUGGACGGGGAGGCGGGGGGCUGCAGGGGACUCCUGUGGUCCUUGAAGCGGUUUGGUUGUUUCUGAGCAGGACGUUAAAUGCUGUUUUUCUGUUCCAGGUCAGCGCAGCGCGGCUAUGAGGGCGACCUAAGGAGAGAAAAAUGAACUGCAGAGCGUGGCAUCAUGGACGGCAGCAAGAAACAAGAUGAAAAAAAGAAGACAGGGCACUGAAAAUGCCAACCAAAGACUCCUGUGUUUAUGUCGCUGCUCUGACACACAACAAUCUGUCCAGUCAGAUGCACAUUAAGGUUGUGGAUGACCAAAUAUAAACCAUAAAUGUUACAGAUCAUGGUUUGCAAGCAGCUCCUCAUGUUCUACUAAUGCCAAGAAAAAAGGCUAGUGAGGAGCUGAUAUGACAUUUAUCUUUAAAUAUGUGUAAUAAGCCACCUAAUAGCUACCAACCAAAGAGCUGGAAACGUUUUCAUAGUAUUCCUAUAAAGUGUUUAUAAUGUUUGUUUGCACUUCAAACGUUUAUUUUAAACUUUUUAAUAAAACACGUGUAAAUGUGCAGCUUUGUGAGACUGUUUGUGGUACAAUGUGGCAGUUUUGAGCCAGACUUCAUUCCAAUCUUGGCUAUGUGAAGGUUUAAAGGCCGAGAUUAAACGGAUACCUGCAGGCCUCCGGUUCACUCUGGCCUCUCAGCUGAACCACAUGAGAAAGGAGUCGUAAAAUCUGAGCUCCCUGUGGAGUUA